AUGGCUCCGUAUGAAUUACUGUAUGGGAGGAAAUGUAGAACUCCCGUAUGCUGGGGAGAAGUGGGGCAAAGAGAGCUUGCGCCAAGUGAUUUAAUAGCAGUGACGAAUGAAAAGAUUAAGCUGUUGAGAAAGUGUCUUGCGGAUGAAACAACAUUAGUACCUCUUGAUGAUAUAGAGUUAGACGAGGCAUUGAACUAUGUUGAAAGACCAAUAGCUAUUAAAGACGUUAAGGUGAAGAAUCUCCGCAACAAAGCUGCUAGACAAGUGUUGGUGCAAUGGCAGCACCGAAAGGGGUCAGAACUUACAUGGGAAGCAGAAGAUGAAAUGAGGAAGCACUAUCCGUUUCUCUUUGGUGUAAAGGAAGAAGGUACAAGCACCAAGAAAACGGAAGGCGCGCAAGAUCGAGGCUAUAGUGAUUAG